UCUAGUUGAAGCAUGGCUGAAUGAGCGGUCAACUAAAACUUGCCGAGCGCUUCACUUUCGUUUAUUUUAUUAACAUAAAUAUAUAAAACUAUCGUCCAUUUCAGUCGGAUACUCUCUAAUAGAAACACUAGGUUAGUUUUAAUUUUCAGCCUGCUAUUUACCCUUUAAUGUUGACGCCCGCUCACUCUAGUGCUAUAUUCAACACUUUAACCUAUUCUAAUAAUACAUUUUUUUAUUCACCUAAUUAAUAUAUACUGACACAAGUAGUCAUAAGUAAAAAAAAUAUGCCAGAAGACUCGACGCGAAAACGAAAGAAAAGAAGCUAACAACGAGCUAGCAUUAGCAACAUUAGCGGCGUUGUCAAGUUGACUUCUAUCGUCUUGACCUACUUAUGACUUCGCCGUUUAGGACAGCAGUCCUUGCGUGUGGAGACAUUUGUGGAACUGUCUUAAAAACAGACGUCUUCCUGCUAAUGUAGCUUCAAACUAGCCCGUACAAGUGUCAGGAAGCUACCCGCGCAGACAAUGGCCGCAGCAACAACCGAGGCACUGUUCUUACUUAAAGACGUAAAGCCCGGAUCAAAAAACCUUAAUAUCGUAUUCAUCGUUUUGGAAAUAGGACGAGUCACCAAAACAAAAGAUGGCCACGAAGUACGAUCGUGUAAGGUGGCGGACAAGAGUGGGAGCAUCGCCAUCUCCGUUUGGGAUGAACUGGGCAGUCUAAUUCAACCGGGGGACAUCAUCAAGCUGACUAGAGGAUAUGCUUCGAUAUGGAAAGGCUGCCUGACACUUUACACUGGAAGAGGUGGUGAUCUACAAAAAAUUGGAGAGUUUUGUAUGGUGUAUUCAGAAGUGCCCAAUUUUAGUGAGCCAAAUGCGGAGCUGCUUGCCCAAGCAAACCAGCAAAAUAAAUCGGGUAAACCUGACCAGAAUCAGAGGGGAAAUUCUCCGCCAAAUCAGAAUUCAGGUACAACUCCUGCACCAGUUUUCUCUACCACAGGUAACGGUUCCUUGUCACAGUUUGCUCCCAACAACAACAACGGCAGCAGCGGCUCAGCGCCAGGGGCUCCCCGUGACUCUGCGUUUGGGAGCGUUGGGCGAGCAAACGGCCGCUCGCCCGGCAACGGUGCUCCUCCGGCUUCUGUCGCCGGACCUCAAACCGCGACGAAGUCUUCAAUUAACAUUAGUAAUGGCAGGGACCCACGUCGUGCCAAAAGAUGAAAGGGGUUCGGGUCCCUCCUCCUCCACCUCAACAUGGGCCGCCACAGUCAGGUUAGAGUAGCUGCAGGAUGCAGAUUAGUUGUGCAAAGACGUGUCCCAGAUCACUUGGAAGUGUAAGUCCUCUGCCCCUGCUUGUCACUUCUGUGCCAUUUACAAAAUAGCCUACUUGAACACUUGCUGCACUUUCUCCUCUUCACUUCAAAGCGGAGAAAACUCGGCUGUCGUUAAAAUCAGGAUAUUUCUGCUUUUUAGUGGGGGGAAAAGGGGCCUUAAGUUUGAAAAUUACAGUGCAAAAGACUGAAUGCUGAUGGAAAUAACUUUUUUUUUUCUCACUUCAAAUCUGAAUUGUCUGUGGAAACGUUGAUGUAUACUUAAGGAUUUUUUACAAAAGGCAAAGCAGUUUUUUUUAUUUCCCCCCACAUUUUGUCAUGCCGCGAUUGUACCUUUCAUGAGAAGCGGGACCACUUCAAGAUGGGCGAUACAGUUCAGUGAAUAAAUUAAACAAAGGUUGUGCCACG